UAUCGAAUCCAUAAUAAAUCAGGUGAGUUAACAAUAAAGAUUGAUUUCAUUUUUAUUUAUUUUAAAAAAUGAGAAUAAAGAGAGUUGAAUUCUCCACCAAUUUUGUUGUUGCUUAGGAAACUCUUAUAGCAAGUGAACCGUCUCUUCUGUCUCAACGGAUUUUCCAAAGCCUCUCCCUCUCUCUAACCGGUAACCAAACAAUAAAUAGAAACUAGAGCGCGAAGCCAGCAAGCAAGAAGCCAGUGACACACACGAAAGGAAAGUUAUCUGAAACGCAAGCGUGAAAGAUGCAGGCAUCUAUGUAUGCGGUUAAAGGUACCACCACCACCAGCAUAAGCGUCGGUUUUCAGCAUCCUAACCGGAGGAGGCUGCUCACCGCCAGUGGCCUUGCCGGUGGUUUUAGGAAAAGAAGUUCAUUAUCACUUUCGGCAUCGUCUUUGAGCAAUAACAGCUGCAUGAGUUGCGGGAUCAGUUUCUGUGGAUUGCGUCCAGCUGAUUCAAUUUCCAUGGGAACUGAGCUCGUGCGUACUGCUUUUUCUAGGUCCCGUCCGGUUAAAGCUCUGUCCUCCGAUGGAGAUGUUGAAGAAGCUGCUCCUAUCCAUCCUCACAGAAAAUCUACUGGAAUUGUCUUGCCGUUCGUCGGUGUUGCAUGUUUGGGAGCUAUUUUGUUUGGUUACCAUCUUGCGGUGGUGAAUGGUGCUCUUGAGUAUCUUGCCAAGGAUCUUGGGAUCGCUGAAAACACUGUCCUACAAGGAUGGAUUGUUAGCACGCUACUUGCUGGUGCCACUGUUGGUUCAUUUACUGGGGGAGCAUUGGCUGACAAGUUUGGCAGGACAAGAACCUUUCAAUUAGAUGCUAUCCCUCUCAUAAUUGGAGCAUUUCUUUGCACUACUGCUCAGAGUGUACAAACUAUGAUAAUUGGUCGUCUACUCGCUGGUAUUGGAAUUGGCAUAUCUUCUGCCAUUGUGCCUCUUUAUAUAUCUGAGAUUUCACCAACUGAAAUUCGUGGUGCACUGGGGUCUGUAAACCAACUCUUCAUAUGUAUUGGGAUUCUGUUGGCACUGGUGGCUGGAUUACCAUUAGCAGGAAAUCCUUUAUGGUGGAGAACAAUGUUUGGCAUCGCUGCUGUCCCCGCUAUUCUAUUGGCUCUGGGAAUGGCAUUUUCACCAGAAAGUCCUCGAUGGCUUUUUCAGCAAGGGAAAAUUUCUGAAGCAGAAAAGUCCAUAAGGACACUCUAUGGAAAAGAAAGAGUUGCUGAGGUUAUGCAAGAUUUAGCAGUUGGAGGUCAAGGUUCUGCAGAGCCAGAAGCAGGAUGGUUUGAUCUAUUUAGCAGCCGCUAUUGGACAGUUGUGAGUGUUGGUGUAGCACUUUUCUUUUUCCAGCAAAUGGCUGGGAUAAAUGCUGUGGUGUAUUAUUCUACUGCUGUGUUCCGCAGUGUUGGAAUUGCAUCUGAUGUUGCAGCAAGUGCUCUUGUUGGGGCGUCAAAUGUCUUUGGCACGACUGUGGCAUCAUCAUUAAUGGACAGACAAGGAAGAAAAAGUCUUCUAAUCACAAGCUUUCUGGGAAUGGCUGCUUCAAUGUUGCUGCUUUCUUUGUCCUUCACUUGGAAGGUCCUGGCACCAUAUUCUGGCACCCUUGCUGUUCUUGGGACUGUUUGCUAUGUGUUGUCCUUUUCACUUGGUGCUGGUCCCGUGCCUGCUCUUCUUCUGCCAGAGAUAUUUGCCUCAAGAAUCAGAGCAAAAGCAGUUGCUUUAUCCUUGGGCAUGCAUUGGAUCUCAAAUUUCUUCAUUGGUCUCUAUUUCUUGAGCGUUGUAAACAAGUUUGGGAUCAGCACUGUGUAUUUGGGAUUUGCAGCCAUCUGUGUUCUUGCUGUCUUGUACAUAGCAGGUAAUGUUGUGGAAACGAAGGGAAGAUCCUUGGAGGAAAUAGAGCGUGCUCUUAACCCUGCAAUUUGAUUUGGAUAUUUGUGGAAAGUGCAUAUGGUAAUAAUUUCACUGGGUCUCAUGAUUGACCUGAAGACUGGUGAUACUUCUUUCCUUUUCUGGAAGGUUUAUUUGUUGUACUGAGAGUACUGGGGCACAUUUCUUGUCCCCCAUUUUCUUGUCAAACCUUCAAAUGUUAAAUCAGCUGUAACCAGCGUUGAGAGAACUACCUCUGUUUGCGUAAAUUUGGAACACUAGAUUAGGUCGUUGGAGCUGAAUGAUAAAUAUCCCGAAGAUUUUUGCUA